GUAAUAUUAUCUAGUUGAAUUUACUACUGUGUCCGGACUACACACUUUUUACAUUUUAACAAUUUUAUUUUCUUACGUUUACAGAAUUUUCGCGCUAAAAAAUAAAUAAAUUACAAAUAUUUAUACUUUCUUUCUCGAUUUCAAAGAUUAUGUGAAACGUGUAAUUGUCAACCUGUUGUUGUCGUCAAAAAUCGAAUGUCAUCUAAAUGAAGCAAUAAUCAAUUGAAAUAAGCCUCGGCACUUCUUCUUUUAUAUGCACAGAUUACACAUCACCGUCCGUCCAAUUAAGUCUAAGUCCACAUCACGGCGCACCGGUUGAUCGACAUGAACCACAAGACGACCGCGGCCACGAUGUCGGUGUGGCAGCGGUUCUGGAGCGGUGUCACCGUCGAGCCAAUGGUCGCGUGCUACAUGACGGCGUUCACGAUGGUCACGCUCACCGUGUCCAACCUGAACAUGCAGAAGGCGUGCCGGGUGAACCUUCGGCUGCCCGACGAGACGUGUGAGGCGCUGGUGACGAAGAGCACGAACGAGCAACCGGCCGAAGAGGUGGCCGUCCAAAGGCUGGUGACCGGCAUGAUGUUGUGGCAGACGUGUGCGCAAAACCUGCUGCCGUGCGUGCUCAUGCUGCUGGUGGGCGCUUGGAGCGACCGGACGCGGAAGCGCGUGCCGUGCAUGCUGUUGCCGCUGUACGGCGAACUGGCGCGGAACGCCGGCCAACUGUUGUGCGUCUAUUACUUCUAUCAGCUGCCCAUGGAAGCGGCCGGCGUCGCCGAAACCAUACCGCUAGCCUUGACUGGUGGCCAGACCCUGAUGACCAUGACCGCUUACAGUUACAUCGGUGACGCCACUUCGUUGGAACAACGAACGUUCAGAAUUGGGGCAUUGAACGCUGUUAUGGCUGUAUCUAUGGCAAUUGGAACGUCAAUGUCUGGCAUAAUUUACAAUAAGUUAGGAUUCUACGGUGCAUAUGUUAUAUCAUCCAUAUUGAUAAUAAUUGGUCUGAUAUAUGGAUUAUUGUUUGUCAAAGAUGUGACUCCAGUGACGGAAGUUAAUAAAAACAAAUCGUAUCGGACGACCAUAACAGAAUUUCUAGAUUUCAGUCACAUAACCCAAUCGUUCAAAACAACUUUUAAAAAACGUCCGAACAGACAAAGAAUUAGAAUUAUAAUCUUAUUGAUUAUAUUCAUGGCAAGUUCUGGUGUAAACGCUGGUUAUCAUACAGUAUGUUAUUUGUAUACUCGAGUACAAUUUAAUUGGAACGAAGUAAAAUACAGCGUAUUUGCUUCGUAUGAAAUAAUAAUAAACAUUAUCGGUCUUAUAUUCACCUCAUUUAUCCUUAGUAAACAACUGCAAAUUUCCGAUGAAAUAAUAGGAAUGUUAUCAUCAAUUAGCCAAACACUGGGUGCAUUGUUUUACACCUUCGCUUACAGCGUAUCGCUUUUCUGUACAGGACCACUAUUGACGAUUUUUACCUGUGCAGAAACUAUAUCUACCAAAUCAUUGAUGACAAAACUAGUACCAAAAACUGAACUCAGUCAAAUAGCCGCUGUAUUUGGAAUUGCGGAAAUCAUGGUUUCAUUGGUGUUUGGACUCAUGUACAAUGGCUUAUAUGAAAUCACUAUUAAUAUUCUACCCGGAGCUUUUUAUUUGAUCACUUUCGUAUUCAUCGCCCCGACUAUUCCUUUAUUCCUAUGGCUGUAUAUGAAACGAACAAAUAAAUAUGAAUACUUAAAUGAAACAAAUAUAUUACCAUAUGAGAAAAGUCCAAGACUUAAGUCAAAAACUUUAAGUAGUUCCAACUAUGGUGCGAUCGAAGAACCAUUACAAAACUAACCAUAAUAUUAUGCGACUGAUUUUAUAACACAUAUAUAAAAAACUGACAUAUUAAUUGAAUAGUUAAAUAUAAUUUAUUUAACUAAUAAUACGAUUGUAAUUAUAUAUUGUCAUUUAUCAUUAAUUAUAGUACAUACAUAUAUAU